AUGCGACGCGAUUGGGAUGGCUACACGGAAGCCAUGUUUGUUGAUGUUCAGCGGAGCUCAAACGUCCCUCGCAUAUAUUGCGCUCUGCGUGUCUCUUGUAAUUUGUAGCAUGGCGCACAAGACAGAGUUACCCACAAAAGAGCGGUGCCUGAAAGGCAGGCCGGAGAAAAUUGUCGUGGCAGCGACGCAUGCAGCCAAUGGGAACCCCACCGUUGAGCCCUUCCCAGAGGGCAUGGACAUGAUCAUGUUCGGGAUGGGCUGUUUCUGGGGCGCCGAGCGACGCCUGUGGAAGAGCAAAGGUGUGUUCUCCACCCAGGUGGGCUACGCCGGGGGCUGCACCCCCAACGCCAACUACCAGGAGGUGUGCUCAGGUCUGACUGGACACACAGAGGUGGUGCGGGUGGUGUUCGACCCACAGCAGCUCAGCCUGCAGAAGCUCCUCAAGGUCUUCUGGGAGAGUCACAACCCUACUCAAGGUAUGGUGCAGGGGAAUGACCGUGGCACUCAGUACCGUUCAGCAAUCUACACCUACAGCCCAGAACAGCAGGAGGCAGCUAUCGCGUCCAAACAGGCCUACCAGCAGGCGCUGACGGAGAAGGGUCUGGGUCAGAUCACCACGGAGAUCCGUGAGCUCAGCGAGUUCUACUACGCCGAGGACUACCACCAGCAGUACCUGCACAAGGUGCCCAAGGGCUACUGCGGCCUCAAGGGCACCGGCGUCAGCUGCCCACUAGGUGGCGCCACCAAGGACGAGCUGUGAGCAGCAGCAGCACCGGAGCCUAGACGAGGAAGAGUAGACCGCAGCAAAUGAGCGGACACUACUGACAGGCAGAGCCAGGCUUUACACACACACACACUACCUUUAACCUGCACUACACACACAUUCAUCUCUUAUGUUCCACUGUCUGUCUGUGGAGAUACUUUGUUUCCAUUCUGAUUCCAUGUUCUUAUGUUCUGUUGUCUGUGGAGAUACCAAACACUCUAGAGCGGAGUUCUGUUCUAGAAUCUUUGGUAGAUACUUUGUUUCCAUUCUGAUUGAGAUACCAAACACUCUAGAGCGGAGUUCUGUUCUAGAAUCUUUGGUAGGUACUUUGUUUCCAUUCUGAUCUCAUGUUCUUUUGUACUUCACCGUUGCUAAAGAGAUGAUCAUAAACAUGCCAAGGCAGAAAUCUUGUCACAUGUCACUGAGCUUCCAUCCAAUAGAUAUGUAUGUAUAUGAAGAGUUCAGAUGCAAACCCUGAAUGCUCUCCACUUCAAAACCAGCUGAAUACUCUCUUCCUGGUCUAAAAUAAUGAUAGGCAAAUACUAUAGGAGCCUGAUACAAAAUGCUACAGUAAUUUCAAAGUAAAGUGGUCAGACGGAUUUAAAGGAUUUUGCUUCUGUACUCUUAUGUUCCAUACAUUCUAUGCGUGCAGUGGGUCUGCUUUCACAUGAGUAAUACAUGUUUUAAAGCAGCCUAUAUAAUUAAUAUAUAUGUAAGGUAAUAAAUCUCCUCAUGGAUAAAAUGACCUUUUCUGCCGUAUGAGGCUGUGUGGGCAGUGUGUUCACAUUGGGAGCCGCACACUGGAUUUGGAGGAAAGAGCGAGACUACUGUGCAGGCCAAUGGUCAAAUGUGGUCAAUGUGAACACAUCUUUGGAGCAGGAAACACUGCCAAGUCUGGGUCAGCGACACUCUGGGUCAUCUAACUAUGUCUCCUCUGAUUGGCUGAAAUCUCUCAGAUCUGUCUCUCUGUCAGAUGCUGUAAAAUGUCAUACAUAAGCACACACACACACAUACACACUCUGGCACCAAAUUAGCACUCAAGAGUCUGUAAAUGUGUGUGUGUGUGACAUAGUUGGCCUUCACUUUCAUUUGUACAGUCUAAACCCAGUCAAGUAGACAUGUCCACAUUAACCUGACAACUGAAGUCAAUAAUAUUUAGUCUUUACUAGCUUGGCUUCGCCACAGUCACCACUAAACUACUCUAGUCUAUCAUCAAAAUGUCAAAGCAGCUACUGUAUCAUUGAGCUUCCAUACAUUCCAUGUGUACAGGGAGGCUGCGAAUAAACUGAUAUGUUAUAAAUGUCUUCACAAAGCAUCUAUUCUAAUAAAUAACCUUUUCUGCCAUAUUAGGCUGUC